UAAAUCAAGAUCAUGAACAAUUUGAUGAUUUAAAGAUCCAUUUACCUGUUGCUCCUAAUUCAGAUGAUGUUAACGAUAGUAUUUGGCCAGCUUGGGCUUUACCAGAUAAUCAUAAUGAUACUGAUCAUGAAUUUGAAU